AGCAGCAGCAGCAGCAGCAGCAGCAGCUAGAGGCUUGCUGCUCGGCGCCCGCUAGUGCGCGGGUGCCGCCCUGCAGCGGGCGCUCCAGGCAGCUGCUGCCAUCAGCAGCAGCAGCAGGGGCAGCGGCCCCGUGCGCCGCAGCAGCAGCAGGCGCAGCAGCAGCGGGGAGCGCAGGAAGCGCAGCAGCAGCAGCAGCAGCAGCAGCAGCAAGCGCCGCGGGUGCCUCGACGUACGGCGACUACCUGCGGCGGCUGCUGCAGGCGGAGUGCAGCAGCGCGCAGCUGCUGCAGGCGUCUGCUGCAGCGCAGCGGGAGCGCAGGGGGGCGCAGCUGCUGCGGCCGCGCGCUGCAGCGCAGCGGGAGAGCAGCAGCGCGCUGCUGCUGCAGGCGUCUGCUGCAGCUGCUGCAGCGCAGCGGGAGCGCAGCAGCAGCUUGUCAGUGAACUCCGUGCUGCGCCCCAUCAGCCAACACUUGUCUUGUUUGUGUCGGUUCAGUUCGGAGGCUUUGGGGUGUUCAGUAAUGUCGAAUUCUGAGGUGUACGUACACCUCACGGCCUGGUGGCGGCGCUACCAAGGCCGGCUGCGGCUGCUGCGCCGUUUGCUGCAGCAGCAGGGGCCUUGCUGCGGCCUGCGCCGGGUGUACAUACACCGCAUGCAGCAAAUUGUCGGAGACCUCAGCCGCUGCUUCGAAAGCAUUUCCCACCAAGAGCUGCAGCAGCUCGUGCUGCUGCUGCAGCUGCCUCCCCACACCCACAGGCUGCAGGCCUACCGCCGCAUCACCACUCCGGGGGCCAUUUACGCCGUCCCCAGCAAGGCAGCAGCAAAGCCAGCAGCAGCAGCAGCAGCAGCAGCAGCAGCAGCAGCAGAGCAGCAGCGCCUGGGGGUCUCUACUUUCGGAGUUCUCGAUGAGUUUUGUGUCCCUCCGCUGCCAAAUGGCCUUUUGCCGCGGCUGUCUUUUCUUUUAAGAAGACAAACAAAUCACCAAAGACUCAAGCGCAGCAGCAGCAGCAGCAGCAGCAGCUCGCCGGGAGCAGCAAAGCGGGCGCGCGCAGCAGCCCCCGCAGCGCCGGCUGCACCCGCAGCAGCAGCAGCUGCUGCUGCUGCUGCUGCUGCUGACGCUGCAGCUUUGCCACCACCGUCGGCGCCUGCAGCACUUGCUGAGGCUGCAGCAGCAGACACAGUCUGCCCAAGUGCUGCUGGGCAUUCCGUGAAGGGCCCCCCCCUGCAGCAGCAGCAGAGGCCCCUAGGGCUGCGGAGGCACGGCACGCAGCAGCAGCAGCAGCAGCAGCAGCAGCAGCAAAGCACAUGCAGCAGCGAAGUGUCGACAUCCCUGUGUGUUCGGCGUUUGCUGCUGCGGGGCUCCUCGGCGGGGGGCUGCGCCUUCGUGGCCCCGCAGUGUACAGACACCCGAGUUACUGCAGCAGAGGUGCGUGCUGCGCUGCUGCUGCUGCUGCGCAUGCACUGGGUGCUGCUGCCGCGGCGGCUGCGCGGCUCCGCCGAGCAGCAGCCAGGGGCCCCCCAGGGGGGCCCCCCAGGGGGGCCCCACAGCCACUUGCUGCGGGGCCCCUUUGGGGCCUUUAGGCAGCUUCAGGGCAUUCCCCAGGGCUCUAAUUUGUCAGCUCUUUUGUGUGCUCUUUACUACGGAAAUAAAGACCGCCAUCCUGAUGUGCAGCGGCUCCUCAAGGGCAAGCUAGGCCCCACUCGCCGCCGCAGCAGCAGCAGCAGCAGCAGCAGCAGCAGCAGCAGCAGCAGCAGCAGCAGCAGCAGCAGCUCCGCCAAAGGCGGCGGCUGCUGCAGCCCCAGCUGCAGCAGCCCCCAGCUGCUUCCUCCCACGCGCCCUCAGGAGCACCAAACGCAGAACGUACAGCAGCAGCAGCAGCAGCAGCAACAGCAGCAUCAUCACCAGCAGCAGCAUCCGCAGCAGCAGCAGCCGCAGCAGCAGCAGCCGCAGCAGCAGCUGCCCUCUCUGGAGUCCUUCGAGCUGCUGUGGGAGGCCCCCAGCCUGGCUGCGGGGGCCCCCGGGGGCCCCUCUAGCUUCAUCUUUUGUGACCCGCUGCUGCUGGAGGUUUCACCAGGCUCUUCCCUGCGCAGCUCCUCAGUGCAGCAGCAGGCCCGCAGCAGCUGUGCUGCAGUGCAGCAGCAGCAGCAGCAGCAGCAGCAGGACGGAGCCCAACAGGCUCCACAGCUCAGCCAGGGGGGGGGAGAAGCUGAAAUGGCUGCACUGGAGGGCUCUCCCACCUUAGCUGCAGCAACAGCAGCAGCUGCUGCUGCUGCUGCUGCGCAGCAAGCUGGCAGCUGCCGGGAUUCAGAGUGCAGCGGAAACCGCGAGACAGCAACAAAGGUGCUGCGGCGGCGGCGGCUGCUGCUGCUGCGGCUGCGGCGGCUGCUGCUGCCGCCGCUGCUGCUGCGCUGGGUAGAUGACUUUGUGUUUGUGUCUCCUUCUGUCUCAGCAGCAGCAGAGUUCCUGCGGCUGCUGACGCAGCAGCAAGUGUGGGGCCCCAACGUGAAUGUCCAGAAGCUGAGGCUCGAAGUUGACUGGAGCCUAUGGCCUUCCGACCAACCAGCAGCAGCAGCAGCAGCAGCAGCAGCAGCAGCAGCAGCAGCAACAGCAGUGGCUGCAAUGCGCGCACCAAGGAUGCUGCCCGCAGUCUUCGCGUCCUCAGCAGCAAAUUCCGCGCGAACACCGUCGACGCCGGCAGCAGCAACUGCAGCAGCAGCAGCAGCAGCAGCAGCAGCAGCAACAGGUACAUCAGGAGCAGCAGCAGCAGCAGCUACAUCAUCAUCAUCAUCAGCGGCAGCAGCAACCCCGCCUGCAGCAGCAGCUACGCCAUCCUCAGCAGCAGCAGCAGAGCCUGCAGCAGCAGCUACACCACCACCAGCCUCACCACCAUCGCCAUCACCGUCACCCUCACCAGCAUCAUCACCAGCAGCAGCAGCAGCAGCAGCAGCAACAGCAGCAGCAGCAGCAGCAGCAGCAGGAGGCCUUUGCUGGGCAGGAAUGGAAUUAAAAAUCCCAGCAGCACACUGCCGCCUCGAGUGCCGCGCGGCCCACUGGAGAGACACCGCGCAGCUGCUGCUGCGCGACGCAGCAGCACUUCGCCGCCGCAAAGGCAGCAGCUUCAUAAGUGUCAGUUUUUGGUUUGCUGCUGCUUCUUUUGCUGCUCCAUUUGCUGCUCCAUUUGCUGCCAAGUUGCUUCUUUGGGGGUGUUGGGUUUGCUGCUGCUUCUUUUGCUGCUCCAUUUGCUGCCAAGUUGCUACUUUUGGGGGUUUCUGGUUUGCUGCUGCUUCUUUUGCUGCUCCAUUUGCUGCCAAGUUGCUUCUUUUGGGUGCUUCUGGCUUUUGUUGCUGCUUCAUUUACUGCCAAGUUGCCUUCUUCGGCGCAGCGCUGCUGCUGCUGCUGCUGCAGCAGCAGCAGCAGCAGCAGCCCCUGCAUAAGCAGCCCCUGCAUCAGCAGCCCCCGCUCCAUCAGCAGCAACCUUGCCGCUGCAUCCGCAGCAGCGCCCGCUGCAGCGUCCGCCGCAGCAGCCGCAGCAGCCGCAGCAGCAGCAGCAGCAGCAGCAGCAGCAGCAGCAGGAGCGCGUUUGCUGCUGCUUGUGCGUGUCAGGGAAUGCUGGAGCGGCCUGUGUUUGGCAGCCUGCGGGCGUGGCUGGGCUCUCGCGUGUUUGUGGAUUUGCAGCUAAACUCUCUUUGCUGUUCGCUGCGAAAUAUUUACUUGGCAGUUCGGCUGGCCUUCCAGCGGCUGCUGCUGGCGCUCAAGCGGCUGCUCAAGGAGUUCGCAGCCUUCGUCAACCCCCAGUACCUCCUGAGUGCGAGGGUUUAG